UUGGACAUUUUACUUCCUUGUGAAAAUUCUUUUCCAUCAAAAUGUUCAUGAACUGAAGAGAAAGGCAUAAUGGCCUCAUUGUUAAAACACGUUUGUACAAUUUGCCAUGAUGAUGGAAUCUCUAACGAAGCAGACACGUGGUGCACAGAAUGUGAAUUUUUCUUUUGUGGAGACUGUGAAAAACCUCACAGAAAAACCAGACUGUACAAGAAUCAUAAAACCAUGUCCGUUGAAGAUUAUCAAAAACUACCUGCUUUCAUGCAAGAAAGAAGUAGUCAAUGCAAGGAUCAUAACAAGAAGUUUGAACUUUACUGUUCCUUCCAUUCCUGUCCCUGCUGUGUCCAGUGCAUCACCGAUAAACACCAGAAAUGUCAAGACUUGAAACCACUCUCCGAUAUCCUUAAGCAAGUAAAAUCAUCUGCCUCAGUUCAGAUUUUCGAAAAAGUUAUGAAGGAUGUAAAGGAAAACUUGGAUAAGGCAAUAAAAUACUUGAAAACCAGGAUCAGUACAAGCAAUAUUCAGGAAACAAAAGCCGUUGAGGAAAUCCGCAGUAUAAGGAAGUCGUUAGUUGAUUACCUAAACAAAUUAGAGCAGCAAAUAAUCUCUGACUUGGGGUCUAAACAUAAAAAGCUGAUAUCCAAUAUGGGCACUCUCUUACAACAAAUAGAACAGCGAGCCAGUCAGAUAGGUCAAAUGCAAACCGACUUUACCAAAAUGACACAAUAUGCAACUGAGUUACAAAUGUAUGUUGGUCUGACAGAAAUUGAGAAAACUACAUCAGAAGUCGCAAAAUAUAUAGAAAGUUUACAAUGUGGGGACCACUUUGAUGAGAAGAAUUUAGAAGUUAACAUUUCAUCUCAUCUUCAAUCAAUACUAGAAAAUGUGGAGUCGUUUGGAGAUGUUAAUAUCAAUACCACCUUUUCUACUCUCCGACUUAAAACCGGAAGAAAAGAUCAAGCCCAGCAUUUAGUUCCAAACACACCUGGAAUUGAACAAAUUAGGCCAUCUUUGUUGAGACGAUUGACAAUUCCUAAAGAUAUAAAGUCUUCAGAAAUACAUGCUUGUCUAAUUUUACCUGAUGGUAGAUUCAUAAUACUUGAUUACAGAGGGAAACAACUACUGCUGUUUAGUAAUGAUGGUACCUUAAUCAGAAAAGUAGUUACAUUCACAAAUGGGCCAUGUGAUGUUUGCUUUGUCCGAAAUAACACAGUAGCUGUCACGUUAGGAUCAGCAAGGGAGACAGCAUUGGUGGAUGUAGAAAAGAAGGAAAUUAUUCAAACAAUUAAACUCUCCCAUUUUUGUAAUGGAGUAGCAAGUGAUGAUAACAUAUUGGUCAUCAGCUGUGUUGAUAAAAGUACUUUAGUGAAUCGUAUUGAUAAUUCGCAUACAAUCUUAAAAGGCGUUAAGACUUAUCGUAUUGCAUUAUUCAAUGGGAAUAUCUAUGGAACCAAUAACUCCCAAAACAACAUCUGCUGCUACAAAAGUAGCGGAGAACUUCUAUGGUCAUUUAAGCACAAUGGCAUUGUCAAUCCAGAAGGACUUACAUUAGACAAGAAUGGCUUCAUUUAUAUAGCUUCUUAUGGAAACAACAGUAUCGUGGUAGUAUCGCCCGAUGGUAAAACCUGUAAGACAAUACUAUCAGAGUCUGGUGGAAUCAAAGAUCCUCAUGCAAUAGAUAUCAACAGGGAAACAGGAAUGAUGCUGCUGUCAUAUGAAAUAAGGGAUGAUAGUAGCGAUAACUUCUAUAAUACAGCUUUAGUUUUUAAAAUCUAAAUUAUACAUCAAUAUCUAUUUGUGCUUAGUGUUUUUAAACUAUGUAAUAAAAUGUGUCAUAUCUGC